UCAGCCACUGCUACCUGGAGGCAACAGGCACUGAACUUGCAACUCUUGACCCACAGUGAGCGAGGAAGAGCAAAAGGAGCGCUUCUUCCGCCACUAGCAGCCAGACUUCUGAGGAUGCGGCUUCUAGGGAAACUCCGCGCCUCGGCAGCGGGCAGCGCAGCCACGGAGCCGGCCUUCAACGUGCUCACCCCCGGCCGCAUACCUGAGUUCUGCAUCCCGCCGCGGCUGCCCGCGCCCUGCGCGCCCGAUUCUUCGAUCCCGGCCGCCGCUCUGCCCCGGCGGUGCGCGGCUGAGCCUGACCUGUGGCCCAGAGAAGGCGACGACGGCGCAGGACACACGGACUGGGACCCGCGGUCCCAAGCCGCGCUCUCGCUGCCUCACCUGCCCCGCGCGCGCACCGCCUACGGCUUCUGCGCGCUGCUGGAAAGUCCGCACACCCGCCGCAAGGAGUCACUCUUUCUCGGGGACCCCAGAGCCGCAGUGCUCCUGCAGCCGCAAGCAGCCCGAUCGGCUCUCCGCCCGCGUGCCCACACGUUUGGCGGCUGCGGAGAAGACGCCCCCCUUGGCCCCUCUGGCGGAGUCCCUGAGUCCACAGCCCCCGAAGACACUCGCCCGCCCCGUAACACAGUCGCUCCGCGUCCCCGCGGCCACCGCCUCCUGCGCGCCUCCGAAGGGCUGCUGAGCCGCGCGCUGAGGGCCCGGAGGAAUCGCGGCCUGGUUCGCGCCCGCUCUGUGUCCAGUGGGGACGAGGACGAGAACGAGGAGUGCAGCGCCGGCUCGGGGUCGCCGGCCCGGACCUUCUCCACGCCCCCUCUGUCAUCCUCCAGCUCGAAGCUCGAGCACUUGGAGGCCGAAAGCACCGUAACUCUGGAUCGCGCCGCCAGCGCCGUGCACUUGGCUGCCGAGUACAGUCCGGCCAGGGGGCGUCUCCGCAUCCGGCUCGCCGUCGGCUGCUCCGUCAGCCUGGUCCUGCAACCACCCGGCAAGACUCGUUCGCAGCGCAGCGCCGGGAUGCAAGGGAGCCACAGGGCCGUCUUCGGCCAGGACUUCUGCUUCGGCGGACUCUCGGAGGACGAAGUACACCUCCUGGCAGUGCGCAUCUAGACUGAGAACAAGGGCCCUGGCCAGGAGCCGGGCCGCCUGCUGGGCCCGGGUGAGCUGCUGCUGGGUCCCUCCUGCUGCCCUGAGGGCUCCCAGGCCUCAAGGCCCUGCCCGCAGGGUGCUUUCUGUCCGCUGAGGACUCUCGGACACUGAC